CGGCAGAACACGCGGGAGCACGGCAGAACAUGCAAAACACACUCCGUAGCCAUUUUGGCUCAAGCCAUUUUGGCUCAAGCCAUUUUGGCUCAAGCCAUUUCCCGCGGCCCGUCCUUCGGUCUCCCGUGCUGGGCGCGCAUGGCCGUGAGGGCGCCGCUGGAGGGUGCGGGCCUGGGAGCGAUGGCGGCGGGGAGACGGCCGCGGCGGCCGUCCGAGGCGGCGCGGAGGCCUCAGCGCGAGCGGCGGGCCGCACAGCGUUGGGCAGCCCUCUCCCGCGAGCGCCUGGUGGAGCGCCAGGCGCCCGAGCUCGUGGAACUGCGGUGCCUGGCAUCGGCCCCCCCCAGUGUCCUGCGCCGCCUGGCGCCUGUGGCGCCCGCGCUGAUCGCCCAGGAGCACGGCGGGCCGCUGGAGGAGGAGCGCAUCCUCGAGCGCAAUGCGGGUUGCAACGCGCGGGCCCUCCCGCGGCCUGGCGCCCCGCGGGCCGCCUGGAGGGGGGCGCAGCGCGGGCCGCACCUCCGGUGCCCGAGGUCGGCCGUAGCGGCGAGCUCAGCGGAGGUGGAGCCGCGGGCUGCGGGCGCAGAUGCCAUUCGCGUCGCUGAUCUUGAAGCGGAGCUCCUGGCGGAGGCUGACGCCCAGGCGAGCAGCGGUGCGUUCUUUCCCCCGCCAGGCGUUUGGGUGGUCGCUGACCCACUGGCAGGGGCGAGGGCCUUUUCGGGAGGGCUUCGACGCGGGCAGGCGCCGUGCUGGGACGGCCUCCGGCGCUCCGCGGAGCGGCGACGGCGUGGCGCUGCAGGAGCAGUGCGUGCCUUCCUCGUCCUUCCGCGGCGUAUGGGAGGUCUGCAGCGACGGUGCGCGCGGCGGCGGGCAGGCUGCCCCUGCCGCCAGGGCAGAGCCUGGCCCUCCCCAUGAGGGGUUUUGGCAGGCAGGCGCGGCGAUGGAGGAGGACGGCAGGGCCGCCCUCCAUGAGCCGCGCCGUGCGUUCGAUGGUGUGCAAGGCGGCACUGCAGGCGAGAGAGCGCCGCGGCCGGCGCUGCUUCUGGAGAGCCUGGCGGGGCCAGGCAGCGACGACGGCGUCGAUGGCGGCUUUGUGGGCGGCCCUGUCGAUGGCGACGCGGACGGAGACACGGCCUGCCCUGGACCCCCCGCCCGUUCGGAGCCCGUCAGCCACGUCCUGGAGUAUCUGGACCGCUUCGGCGCGGCGGCGCUGAGCGGCGGCACGGCAGGGGGGCUGGAGAGGGGCGCCGCCGGUUCCGAGCGGGCCGCCGCUGCGGCGAGUUCCGAGGGGCACCUCCCUUUCCUCGAUGAGUUCGGCUUGGCCGCGGUGGCUGCAGCGGCCCGCGGGCCGCUUUCGGGAGGGGAAUCGCUCCUGGACCUCGCCGAAGGCCGCGCCGAGGAUUGGCUUCGGCAGCGUGAGCUUACACUCGGAGACAGGGCAGAGGUCGAAGCCCGCGCUGAGAGCUUACUGUUGCAGAAGGGAUUUCGUAGUGAUUCUUGAUCACGGUGAUUGCUUUGAGGUAGAUGGUCAGUGAUCGCUUCAGGCUUGUGCUGUCCUCACACCUUGAUGCUGGGAGUCGUGAGUGAAGCCUCCUGUACUUGAAUGUGCACGCUGUGUAUUUGCAAUGCAGUCGAGUUCACUCUGGCGCAGGUAGUGUAGUUUCGUUUUGCUAUGCGCUGCUGCAGGGGGGGUCGGCUUGUCACGCGUUCGGCAGCCGUCCCCUGGUGGCCGCGGUGGAGGCCCAGGGCGGCCCCCGCGGGGAGAGGCGGCCCUAGGUGGCCCCUCUCGGGAGGGCGUGUCUCGGGUGGCGCUGGUGGCCCCUGGAGGCCCCUUCGGUUUUUUUUUCUUUCGCCUUUAAGGCCCCGCCUUUAACUUUAAUUUUAUUUUUAACACGCAAAACACAAAGGAGCAUUGGAGAACAAGCAGUAGCGCGGCA